AUGGAGAGCCGAAAGGACAUGGUUAUGUUUUUGGAUGGGGGACAGCUUAGCACUCUGGUUGGCAAGAGGGUCUCCAAUUUGUCCGAAGCCGUGGGCAGCACGCUGCCGGAGCCGCCCGAGAAGAUGGUGCCCCGUGGCUGCCUGAGCCCUCCGCCGGCCCCCUCGGUCGCCGACAGCAUCUCGGGCCAGGGGCAACACAGCAGCUCGGACACAGAAUCGGAUUUCUAUGAAGAAAUCGAGGUGAGCUGCACCCCGGACUGCGCCACGGGCAACGCCGAGUACCAGCACAGCAAAGGGCCGGGCUCAGAGGCACUGACCGGCAGUCCCCAGGGCGGCAGCGAGGCCCCCAAGAGCACCGGCGGGGGCUCGCAGGGCAGCCUGGCCUGCAGCGCCAGUGACCAGAUGCGCCGGUACCGCACCGCCUUCACCCGGGAGCAGAUUGCGCGGCUGGAGAAGGAAUUCUACCGGGAGAACUACGUGUCCAGGCCGCGCAGAUGCGAGCUGGCUGCCGCCCUGAACCUGCCAGAAACCACCAUCAAGCACCGCCUCGUGCGGAGGUCUCCACGCCCCGCAGCCCCCUCUCCAUUCCCCGCCCCGCCCCUGCGCAGCUCCUUCCGCGGCCCGGAAGCUCCCCGUGCCAAAUCCCGGCAAUCCCGCGGUUACUUCGAGUUGGGCCAAGAGAUUGCUUGCGACAGACAUUCUCAGCGGCCGUCACCCACUCCAGUCGACUUGCAGGGGAGCCAAACUGCUGGCAGAUUGAACUUCCUGAGGGACACCUUUGGGAUAGGCGGGCAUUCUGAGGCGUUCAAGAUGCUGGAGGUCAUCGGGACGCGGGACGCGUCAGACGCGAUGCCACUCUUCAGAGGGUCAUUUAAAGCGCGCCUGGGGUCGCUGCACCUCUUUUCGAGCCUAGACCCCUUCCAGGCCGGCUUCUCGGGGCGCCCUCGGGCCUUGGAGUAG